GUUAAUUAGUACCUUGUUUCCAAGCAUCUCUAGAGCCAGUAAGACGAAGAAGAGAGGUUAUUAGAUCAUUGUUGUUCACAUAGAAUGGCUGAGUUGACCGAGCAAAAAAACACUGUGUCUGAUUAUAUUGAGAAAGCCAAGAGCGUAGCUAAGAACCUUGUAGAGAAUAUAGAGAACAAGGUGAAUGCACUUACAAAGAAACCAGAAACAGAUCUAGAAACCAAAGAAGAUAAUGCAAAUUCAGUGACCAUCAUUGCGAAGGUUUCAGUGAACAAUCCAUACAAUAUCGACAUUUCCAUUGUUAAGGCAACCUAUGACUUCAGUUACGGUGAUCAUGGGAAAAAGGUGAAUGGGAUUUUGCAAGAUCAAGGAAAGUUGAAGGCCAAAACGAAGAAUAUGAUUGAUGUACGAGUAAAAGUUCCACAUAGUAAUCUCACGAGCCCAGGAAAUGAUCAUAUGGCGGAUAUCGAUUAUAGACUAGGUAUGAAUCUUACUAUUGAGAUACCUGUGAUUGGUCUGGUUAUCAUCCCAGUCUCCGGGAAAGGAAAGUUCGCACGUCCAAGGACGACUAUGUCUGAUUUCUUAAUUGAUCAAGCGGGAUUACAAAAUGAGAUUGUUGAUGAAAUGAAGGAGGAUGAAGUAGUCAAACAAGAAGCAGCUAACCAGAAAAGUGUAGCUUUCAGACCAUGACUGUAAUAUUUCCCUCAUUUCGUAGUUUCUUUCUCCUAUUACCUACAUUAAGAUUAUUAUAAAUGUAUCUUUGAUUCAUAGUUGAAUUGUAUCAUCCUAUUUGAUAUUUUUGAAUAUGAAGAAUUA